GUUCUGAGAACUGGAAGAGCUGUCUGGCUUGGUGUCCCAAGGAUGGACCCCGCUGCCUCUCCUGCUGCUGCCCCUCCUGCUGCCCCUGCUGCUGCCCCAGCUGCUGACCCUGCUGCUGACCCUGCUGCUGCCCUCCCUGGCCAGGCCUUGGCCCAAGCCCCUGCCCUAGCACAAAUCAAUGGACAAGAAGGUGCUAGGAAUGAACGGGCAGCUUAUCUUUGGAGACCCUGGCUGUCCUCUAUAAACGACCAGCCAAGGCAGGCGAGGAGUCUGGUGGACUGGGCUGAUAAUAGGGCGACAGCGGCUGAGGCUGCCAAGACUGACUCUGACUUCCAUCACCCGGUCAGGCUCUACUGGCCCAAGUCCCACUCCUUUGACUACCUCUACAGUGCUGGGGAGAUAUUACUAAACAACUUCCCUGUCCAGGCCACCAUCAAUUUAUAUGAGGAUUCUGACAGUGCAGACAAUGAGGAAGACAAGGAGGAGGAGGAGGAGGAGGAGGAGGAGGAAGAUGAUGAAGAAGAAGAGGAAGAUGAAGACAAAGAUGUCAAUGAGAAUGAACCAGAAGUGUGUAUGGGGGUAUCAGAGGCCACAACACAUAAGGCCACAGCUCAUUCCCCUGACCCACACUCGGCCUGUCCAAAUUGAAGCAAUCCCAGAUAUACUUGGCACGUUUCCA